CUACCUGACCGGGUUGUUGAAUUCGAAACAGUACACGUUGGCUAGCUGUUAGCUGUUAGCUGUUGGCUAGCUAGCAGAGUCUCCUACGUUAAGGACGACAAAUAGCUGGCUAGCGACCCUCAGUGAAUUAAGAUAAUCACUCCAAGGCUACACACACUAAACUACACGAAUAUCUUGGAAACAAAGACAGCUAUGUAGCUAGCUAACACUAGACUAAUCAAGUCGUUCAGUUGAGUGAAAAGCACUACAGUGAUGCUAAUCCGUGUGCGUUAGCUAGCGUUGCUAGCUCCUGGGCGAAUAGCAGUGAAGGCUACGUUAGGGCGACGAAAUACGAUAAUUAAGCAAUUAUCUCUGAUACAAGGACGGCUAUGUAGCUAGCUAAGAAGAAUUGCUAAGAUUAGACAAAUCAACCGUUGUACUAUAAUGAAAUGUAAUGAAAAAGUUAUACAACCUGCAGAGCGAAGUGCGAAUGCGACCGCUCGCUCCAACCCGUGUACAUGUAUAGUCUAAUCCUUUUCUGUUCAGUGAGUGUUUUGUGAUUUAAUCAAAUUCUCUUCUUUACGUGUUUUCUGACAAAAGCAACAAAAAGGUUGAGAAUUAAAUAAAUACACUCCAUGCUUUAGUGAUACUUACAUGCAAUCAAUUACAGUACGUAUCUUUGUGGACUCAAUUUAAUCACAUCUGUUACAAUUCCAUGUUGCACAAUCACAAAUAAUAAUGAGGAAUGUACAAGGGCACGGAGAAAUGGCAUACUAUGGCAUACUACAGAGCAUAUCAGAGCAUAAUAAGAAUUUGUUCUUAACUGACUUGCCUAGUUAAAUAAAGGUUAAAAAAAUACAAAUAUCCAAUAUUCUGCAAAAAACUAUAUGUUCUCAUUCUAGUAGUCUAUGCACUCACUACCUGGUUAUAUUUUAAGAAAACCAUCACAAAAAUGCCAAAUAAGUAUUGUGGAUGUUAGAUAUUGAUAUUCAUUCCUUGGACCAUGUUGAUCACAUUCAGCUUCGUGUCAGAGAAGUGGUUUCAAUAGCAUACAUUUCACAAAGGUGAAUUCCAUGUCUGCCAUUGUCAUGUUUCCUAGAAACAGCAGAAGUUUUCCAACUUUCUGUCAGUGCAGGGUUGCCAGGUCAAGCUAAAAUUUCUAGGCCAAUGACCACUCAAAACCCAUCUAAAAGGUCUGAAAACUAGACUCCCAAAAAAUCAUUUUCCAUCAGUGGAUGUAGAUUUAACUUAGACUGCGAUGAUUAAGCAAUAAGGCUCAAGGGGGUAUGGUAUAUGGCCAAUAUACCAUGGAUAAAGGCUGUUCUUGUGGAGUGCCUGGAUACAGCUGGUAGCUGUGGUAUAUUGGCUGUAUACCACAAACUCCUGUGAUGCCUUUUGCUAUUAUAUACCGGUUACCAACGUAAUUAGAACAGUAAAAAGUAAUGGUGGUAUAUGGUCUGAUAUACCAUGGCUUUCAGGACUAGAACCAGGUUUAUAAUUGUAAAUAAAUCCUCUUUGUGCAUUUGCAUAACUAUAGAUACAUCCGAAAGGAGAGUAUGAGUGAUAAAAGUUCGAGAGAGGAUUUUGAAAUCUCUGAGCAAGACACCUGAGGCUAUUUUCUGGCAAUUGUGCUGUUGUUAUGUGCCAGGUGUUAAGAUAGGCAUAGGUUACAGACUAAAAACUGGGUUUAUGAUGAAUUAGAAUGUUCCAUAGUUUGCUUGGAUACACAGUACACAGAUCAUCUGUACAGAAUGGCGCCGGAGAGGAUGGUUGCCGUUUUAUAGGCCAACUGUGCUAUUUUGUUUGUUUUUUUGCAUUGUGUGUAACUUAUUUUGUUCAUAAUGUUGCUGCUACCAUCUCUUUAAUUAUUUGUUACUUUAAUUUCUUACUUUUUAAAGGUAUUAUUUUAAAGGUGUUGGUUAAGAGCUUGUAAGUAAGCAUUUCACUGUAAGGUAUUCGGCGCAUGUGACAAAUACAAUUGAUUGGAUUUUAACUCUGGGUCUUCCUUUCCUGUGGCGGUCCUCAUGAGAGCCAGUUUCAUCAUAGCACUUGAUUGUUUUUGUGACUGCACUUGACGAAACUUGAAAUGUUCCAUAUUGACUGACCUUCAUGUCUUAAAGUAAUGAUGGACUGUCAUUUCUCUUUGCUUAUUUGAGCUGUUCUUGCCAUAAUAUGGACUUGGUAUUUUACCAAAUAGGGCUAUCUUCUGUAUACCACCCCUACCUUGUCACAACACAACUGAUUGGCUCAAACGCAUUAAGAUGGAAAGAAAUGUCACAAAUUAACGUUUAACGUUUAGCAAAGCUGUCAUCAAGGCAAACGGUGGCUACUUUGAAGAAUCUCAAAUGUAAAAUAGAUUUUGAUAUAUUUAACACUUUUUUGGUUACUAAAUAAUUUCAUGUGUUAUUUAAUAGUUUUGAUGUCUUCACUAUUAUUCUACAAUGUACAAAAUAGUAAAAAUAAAGAAAAACCCUAGAAUGAGUAGGUGUGUUUACACUUAUGACUAGUACUGCAUGUCUAACCCUACUGCAGGCAAUGAUUUUAAUGUUAAAAAAAUAAAUAAAUACAACUUUCAUAAGAUUAUGGCUCCAGUAGCAUCGGCCUAACUCAGAUUUCAGUCUUGUUUCAGGAUCAUCAAAAAUAUUGCUGUUAUUAAAGGGAUCUAUUAUAAUAAAAAUCCAUUUUACUUAGUUGUGAGGAACGUAAAGGAAUUGAAGGGAUAAAUAAUAGAUAACCUGUUUGCGCUGACUGCUCAUCCUUGGCACACACUAGCAGGAGAGCCUGUGGUCUGGUGUCUGUCUGUCCAGCCUGGUCUCAUAGACUAGACAUAACAUAGUAAACGUAAAUCAUUAAAAUGUGUGUGCUAUGUUACAUUUGGUAUACUUAGACAAGACAGAUGGUUACUUGUUUUGGGUGGAUGGGUGGGCCUAUAACUUUAAGUCUAGCAACCCGAAUGUUCCAGAGUUCAAAUCUCAUCACGGACACUUUUAGCAUUUUAGCAAAGUAGUAACUUUUCAACUACUUACUACUUUGUAGUUACUUUGCAACUACUUAGCAUGCUAGCUAACACUUCCCCUGGCCCUAACCAUUUUAGCUAACCCUUCCCCUAACCUUAACCCCUAAUACUAACCCCUAGCCUAGCUAACACUAGCCAGCAGGCCACCUAGCUAGAAUUUGUAAUAUUUCAAACAUUUGGCUAAUACUUUCUAAAUUAUUAUUGAUUAUUAUACACUUUCUAAAUUCGUAACAUUUAAUACAAAUACUAAUUUGUAACAUAUACAAAAUGGGUGAUGGAUAUCCACAAAUUAAUGCAUAUCAAACUAAACAUAACAUAUCAUAAUAAACAGUGUCUCGGAUUUACAUCCACAAUAAUACAACAUGCACGGAGACCAGGUUCGGCCAACUAUCUGCGUGUCUCUCCAACUUCGAGGGUCAUGUCUAGAUGGGAUACAGCUUUUGUCAAAUUGACCUCAAAAGUAAACCAUUUUCCCCCCAUUUAGCCAACCAUUUCCCUCACCUAAUUAUCCUAACCUGCAGCGUAGAUUCUCCUGAACCUGCUACGAAAAUAUCAGGGCGCAUGUUAUCACCAGCAGGUAUAAAGAGGGCUACCGUCAGCUCUUCGUCUUUAGACUAGCUAUUCUACAGUGUGUAUGUGUCGGCUUCUUUUACUGCCGGGAGGAUGUGUCGCAAUGUUAAUUUAUUUCACUUGAAGCCACACUUCCUUUUUUACCUUCUCUGUAUUUGCGCCUAAAGAGACAGUUGAACGAGACAGCCGCGAACAUGUAGCCUAGGCGAUGUGUUGAUAGUCUCAACAUUUGUACUUGAUAAACAGUUUAAGUAGAUUGUCAUCAGAAAAACUGAAGAAAACCUGGAUGAUGUAACGUUAAGCAGUGCUAUUCUGAUAAAAAGAUACACGAAUCGAGACUGGUGAGCGCAGUGGGAGAAACCAGAAUUGAAACCUGCGGUGCGCCAGUGAAGGUAGGCUUGAAAUGAAGAUUUGCUUGUCUCUACAUUAGUUAUUGAAAUAUAUUACGGUAGGCCUACUUUGGUAUCUAUCAGCAUCUGCAUGCGUUUGGAUUUUCAGCCAUGUUUUCUAAAUAUGUCCUUGUUUUUGCUUGAGCAGUGAAAUAAAGUUGUAUCAAAUUUGACAUGAGUAAUUAUGUGCACUGAAAGCUUUCUACAAAUAUUGGCAGUUGUUAAGCUAUAUAAUAUAAUAACUUAAUUUUUCUAAGAGGGAACUUCUAAUGUGAUUGUCAUGUAGGCUAUUUUUCAGCACAACAUUAACAUAAUUGCAAUUAUUUUGUGAGUUUGUGACAUAUGAUGAUUAUCUACUUAUGGAUUGAUUUGAGUGAGUGUGUGGUGUCAAUUCUUUUAAAAUUGCAGCUGUUCAUUUCAAUAUUGGAAUAAUUUGCUAUUCCAACCAGCUGUACUAGAUUAUAAAUCAGGGGGUUAAAUGUUCCUGCAUGAAAUGCUGUGCAGGCUACUGUAGUUUCACUGAAACUAUCAUUUGGAUGGUCCUGGUUUGGAAGAAUUGUGUCAAUAUAAACCUACUGAUACAGUACUUACUUCACGAUUUGGGUUCUCCCAGUUGAUAAUUAUUGAAGUAGCCUAUUCAAUGAAUAGGUGAGCUGUUGAGUGAAUAGGUGAGCGGUCUGAUGGAGAGCCCAUCUUCUACGACCAGGCGUCAGGCCUGGGUCCAGACCAGUCGACAGUGGCUAACCCUGGAACUAGAUCCACAGGUACCAGGACCAUACAUCCACCCCUCUGCCCACCCAUCUACCCUACAACGACCAGGAUAUACCCAUCCUUCUGCCCCACAUGGACCACCAUACACCCAUCCCUCUGAUCAACACCAGUCUGCAGAGGAUGACGUCUUCUCAGAUGGAUGCUCUGCAGGAAAUAUUGAGAGCUGGCUUCUGGGCUGUGGGCUGGAGACCGGCUCAGAGAACUCUAGCAAUAAUCUGACUGUUGAGUCUCUGCUGAAAGCGAACAGUUUUGAAGAUGACCUGAGUCUGGGUGCCGAGGCUACAGCAUUAAAUGUCAAAGGAGUCUCAGAACUGAGGGUGCUGCUUCCGCCACCCAAACAUCUUCACAGAGGUGGAGUCACCACCAGUACUCCCCGUCAGAGGCUGGCUCUGCCCUUACUCCACCUCGGUUACAGUAUUGCCUCCAGUGGCUUCUCCAACAGCACCAGUAAGGCAUCAAGUGUGUCUGAGGUGCUGCAACUGUGUGCAGAGGAUGCAGAGGAGACUCUGUACGAUUUGGGGUUCGGAUGUGACGAGCCUGAUGUUACAGACCGCAUCCCCACCCGUUUCCUCAACUUCCCUUCCCAGCUUCACGGUAUCAACUUCCGCCUCUUCCUCCAGUCCAAACUGUACCGCCUCCGACAGGAGAACCCAGGACUCUCUCUGGCCAAAGCUCUCCCCUCCCGAGUUCAGCAUCUCCCCCACCGCCGACAAGCAGACUGGACGGCGCUUCAUGGGAAGCGUUCGCAGCGAACCGAGGUCUCCAGUGGAGCGAUUCAAGGACACGGUUUCUAAGAUGUGCCUGUAUACUAGUUCUAGUGGUUCCACCCAGCGAGGCUCAGACUCUGCCUGCCACGGUCCGGGAUUUUCUUCCGGACCUGGGUCUGGGUUGUCCCCCAAGAAGAGAAGCAGCCUGCCUGAAUUGGUGGGACUGGUCCUGGA